AGUAUUGUGCCGUUGGCUCGUGCCCCGUGUAGUAGUGGUUCAAUCCUGGCCACACAGGACUUAAACACACUCUUUGUAAUGUCAAUAUCACGUAAUCAUGUGUAAAUUUAAUUUAUAAAAUUAUUUUUAUCUUUUAAUUAAUCUGUAAGAUUUAUAUCAAUUAUCAAUUUAUUAUUUUAUCUAUUAAUUAAAUGUCAACCAGGACAAAUAUAUUUCAAGUGUUUAUCUAACGGAGUUAAUGAGUGAUAAGGAUUAUUGUUAAUACAGUGAUUUACAUAAAUGUGACGUUAUUUAUAUACAUAAUAAUUUAGACUUGUAGAAAAGUUUUUACUAUUAAGUCUAAUCCACUAGUGUCGAAGUUAUCAGCUAAAUUUUGAAUAAAUUUAAAAGAUGCGACGGUAUUAUAUCGUGGUGUCAAAAGUGCAAAGUUGUGCUUGGAUUUAAAAAUUUAUUGGGGAAUAAUUAUUUUAAGCGAAAUAAGUUAUGACAAAUAAAUAUUUUCAAACAAUUGGAGCUUCUUGAGUGACAGUUUAACCACGUGGUCUAAAGACAUGAAAGUGACAUCUGUUACCAACCAAAAAUGAUAUGGCAAUUUAAGAAAUGCGAGUAAACACGUGAAUUUUUUUUGUACUCUCACCUGAGUUUUAGUUGUCCGUCGGAUCUGAACACUUGUUAACACACUAUUCACAUAUGGAUUAAUGUAUAUUUGUAUUUAUUAUUUAUUUCAGGGUAUGAAUAUAAAACAUAAGUAAAAUAAAAUUUGUAAUAGUGAAUUUUUUGAACUAAAGCGACCUAGUGUAUAAAUAGAAGCAAAUGUUUUAAAAUUGUAAUAAAUUUAUUGACUUUGAGUGGUGUAACGUUGGAUUAUUGAUAAAUGCUUGUGAAAAAUAUUCAUCGGGAAUAAUAAAGUCCCGAUUAAAUAAGAUAAGUCAAAAGGAAUCAAGAUUGUCACGUUGGUGCCUAAUAUGGUCCUGGAACCAGGAGGUGGUCUGUCAUUUCCACCGCCUCCUGGUGGUGGGACAACAGCUAACGGUGCAUCACUACUAGCACCAGCAGCGAGAUUAUUUCAAAGAGCGACUCCUGUUUUUCCUUUUCAUCUUGCUGGUUGGCCACCACAUCAUUCGGUACUUGGAAAUGUACAAAGUCAAGUGCAGACGAUGCAGGCACAACAUCAAGCUGCCGCUGCUGCUGUUAGAUUUCUUAGUCAUCAUCAUCCCCAUCAUUCUCAUCCAACGUUAGGUAGUCAUUCACUUGUACCUGGGAUAAAUCCUCAUCAUCCUGGUGGGCAUCAUCUUCAUCACUCUAGUGAUCAUCCGGAUGACGAUGACGAUAAAAAAGGAUGUGAUGCCGAGUCUGAUGAGGGUGGAAGUAAAAGAAGAAGAAGUCGGACGAAUUUCAAUAGUUGGCAACUCGAAGAACUUGAACAUGCAUUCUUGGCGAGCCAUUAUCCAGACGUUUUUAUGCGCGAAGCGUUGGCUGUUAGACUGGACUUAAAAGAAAGCCGAGUAGCUGUAUGGUUUCAAAAUCGUAGAGCUAAAUGGAGGAAAAAAGAGCACACAAAAAAAGGACCAGGUAGACCAGCGCAUAAUGCACACCCGCAGAGCUGUAGUGGUGAACCAAUUCCACCGGAAGAGUUGAGAAGAAAAGAACGUGAAAGGCGGCAAAAGAAACUCCUAAAGACUCUUGAACGUCAGCAACGAAAACUUGCAGCCAAGGGUAUCACGGUGGACUUGUCGACGCUGCGAGCCGAGUGGGAAUCACGGAGCGCGGCGAACGCCAGCGGAAAUCCACUGAGCGGACAUUUAAGUGGUUCAUUUGGUCAUUUGGGCAGUUUAAAUGACGGUAGCAGUGUAUCAGGAUCGGGUAAUGACGCUAACGAAGAGAUUGACGUUGUUGGUGGAUUAGAUUCAUGCAGCGACACUGAGAGUGAGCGGAUGGAUUCAGCGGCUGAUGGCUCGAUUGAUGGUGAAAGUUAUCCGAGGCUGAGUGACCAGAACGAGCCGUCAUUAAUGAGAAUAACAACGGCAACAACACAUUUAUUAAAUGAACAUCAGCGUUCUAAUGGAGCACUUAAUCUCAAUCUAGACUUAAAUCAUCAGCAGGGUAUUCGUCACUGGGGUUUAAGUCUUCUAGAACGACGGAGAGAAUUGGGUAAUUUAAGUACCAAUGGUGUUCGUCGGUCGACAGACAGUCCACGUGGUUGUUUGAGUUUAACUCGAGGGCAGGUAGUUGACGUUAAUAAUGACGAUGAAGUUCAAAGUGGUAGUAUUGACUUGUCAGUUAAAGGACGUGAAGAACGGCGUAGAUUAAAUCCUUUCUCAAUAGACAGUUUAUUAGGCAAUAAUAAUAAUAAUAAUAAUAACAAUAAUACACGAACAAGUACAUCACUCAGGUGCGAACAAAAUCGUUCAUCAACAUCUUCUUCAACUUUGUCAAAUGGCAGGCAGUCAACCUCACCAACUUCACCUUCUGUGUCUGUAACAACUUCACCCUCAACGACGUAGUCCCGCCGUCUUGUAAUAAAUUUAAAAUUAUGUAAACAAACAAGUGAUCAACGACAAAGAUUGGAGACUGAAUAAAUAUUAUUAUUAGUUAUAACGUUUUUUUUUCGACUUUACUAGUUGGUGAUUUAUAUGAAAAUAUAAUGAUUUAAUUUAAAUAUCAUCAAAUUGACAUAUCUAAAGAGUAAAUUUAAAAGUAAACAGGUGUAUUUAGAAACCAUUGAGUCUAUUACUUUUCAUAUAAAUCAUUCUGGGUAAUUAUGCGGUUUCACGGCUCCACACAAUUCAAAGUUUUGAAAUACUAAUAGCCAUACUAUCGAAAGAAAUGCACUCGAUAUGUUUAGUUUGACGGCGGAUUGAUGAAAAUCAGGUUGAUGUCAAAAUUACAAAUAAUGGCGAAAACAUGUAUCCUUACCGACUGCAAAAAUAGGGCCAAUUAAUCGUUAUUUUUGUCAAAUUCACUUAAUAAAUAAUUUUCAAUAAUAAUAUAAUUUAUUUUUUGCCGUAAGAUGGGCAGUAGAGUGGAGAAAAAAAUUGAUCUAAAGCUUACUAAAUAAAUCGUAAGCUUUGAAUAAGUUUUAAUUGACAUACUUCAGUUAUUUUGGUCACUGUACAACUCCAUAGCAUGUAAUAGAUGCAGCAGGAUACGCUACUAUCCGCCUUAAGUUAUUACCGGGCUAAUGCAUUGAAGAUCACAACAGUGUUUUGGCUCCGCUCGUACUAGUAUGGGGAUGGUCCAAAGCAGAGUACGUUAACAUCAGCCAUACUGAUAAGCCCGUUGGCGUACUCGGGACGGAACUAUCAAUUUUGAUGAUAGUUAUGGCACUUUAAAAAUUUUUCUUACUUUUAGUAGUUGAUUUACAAGUCAGUUCACUCUGAAUUAAUGUUCUAUGUCACAUUGUGCAUAUCGACAAAUAAAAACUUUGAGAUCGAACAAGUAUUAAAUAAAAUUUUGAUGAAAAUAUAAAGAGUAUCUAUAAAUUCUGAUCAGUAACAUUUUUAAAUAAAUGAAAUGCAAAUUUAAUAAAAAAAAAAAAACAACGAUUUUGGUAUAAAAUCCGCUGGGACUAGCCGAUAAAAUUUGUUUUAUAGUGAUGCAUACAAAAUUGAAUAAUUGCCAGUUAAAAAUAGGUUGAGCCGCACUUGCGCAUAAUUGCAAAAAAUUAACAUCGUUAUGAUUGCAAUUUGUGGUAUGAAAUAUUUAAAAUUUUAUUCUAUUUAUUGCUGUUAUGAAUUCAUGGCAGUAAUAAACAUAAAAUUUUAUUUUGAUCAAAUAAUUAAUUAAUUUAAAUGGCUAUAAAUAUUCUGCACACCUCAAGUGCGAAAGCGCUGAGGGUGCUUUAUGAUCGCUCUAAAUUUUCUUACUUUUAGUAGUUGACUUACAACUCACACGGGCAGAAAUGUCAAGUAAACAUGCCUAUGCAGCAUAGUAAGAAUUGCAUUACUCUAUAGUUUGUGUCACGACGCUCUUAUGAGACUGCUUACACAAACUACAGAGUAAUGUAAUUAUUACUAUGCUGCAUAGGCAUAUUUACUUGACAUUUUUCACCGUGCAGUUCACUCUAAAUUAAUAUCCUAUGUCACAUUGUGCGUAUCGUCAAAGAAAACUUUGAGAUCAAACAAGUAUUAAGCAAAAUUUGGACAAAAAUAUCAAAAAUAUCGAUAAAGCUAUGUUUCAAUAUCAUUUUUAAAUACCGGAAAUGCAGCUUUUGUAAAAAAAAAACAAUUUUUAUAUUAAAUCUGUCGGUACGUACUCGCUGAUAAAAUUUAUUCAAUGCGAUACGUAUAAAAUUGGAUAAUUGCUAGUUAAAAAUAGGUGGAGCCGCACGUUUGCAUAAUUGCCUCAUUUUGUCAACUAGUUAUAGUUUUAUCGACAUGUAAGUGUGCAAUAAUAGAGAAAGAAUGAAUGAGUCAAGAGUUUAUUAAUUUAAAAUAAAUUUAUGAAUUAUAAGAUUUAAAUCUUUCAAGUAUAAUUAAAUAUAUAUAAUAAUAAUUAUAUAUUAAUGAUAAUAUUAAUAAUAACGAAAGUAAGAGGAAAAAAAUAACAAACGACGACAAAUUGUAUUUAUAAUGUAAAUAGUAAUUUAAUUUAAUUUUCGUAAUGGAAUAAAAAUGUUCAUGUAUUUAGUGCAUGGAUUUAUUAUAAUGCGAGGCAUAAUUAUUUAAAGCAAUAGAACGAAAAAACACAUUUGCCUGUUUUAAUAAAAAAAUGAUGAAUUUUUUGUCAUUUUAAAUUUAUUAGUGAGAGUGAUUUAAAUUAAAAAAAAAAUAAUAAUAAUAAUGAAACAGUAAAAAUGUGUAAAGUUUAUAAUUAUUAAAUGUGCAUUAUAAAAUUAAAUUUUUUGAUUUAAAAUUCAAAAGAUGCCAUAAAAAAAUCAAGGACAUAAAAACAGAUAAUUUACCAUUAUAUCCGUUAUAAAUAUAUUAAUUUA